AUGAAUUGCAUGAAUAUCAGCUACUUGGCAAGAAAUCGCAGUAGAGGGUCAUUGUUUUAUCGCCUCUCUCUCUCCCGGCCAUAUUCCGAACAAAAUGAACCUCGUUGGACGGCGUUCAGAAGGAUUAGGCCUUCGUCGGACCAGCCCCAAGGGUUCCAUGGGGCCGAAGAAGUAGACGCAGAAUGGAAUGACGAGUCUGCGCUCGAUCCUACAAGCUUCCUGGAGAGGAGAGGAUUGCGGUCACAGGUGUGGGACAACCCCAAGACAGCCGCUGAACCACCUGGAGGCCCUAAUCCUUCCCUCUGGGCACGACCUGUGUGGCGUCCAGUUAAGCUAAAAAGAGCGGUUUCCACUGAGGGUGACGAGGGAGACGAAUCUACACCAAUAUAUGUGAGGGAAAGCACAAGGCCUGUGGUUCCAGAGGAAAACGGAAACAAGAACCUCCACCGGGCAGUCGAUCCGUGGAACGGGGAGGAGGUCAAGAAAGUACUGGAGAAAGGUGAUGCCGAUAUCAAUUGUCGAAACUAUUUUGGAAUGACACCACUCCAUCGGGCUGCCCAGCAAAAUCUGUCAGAGGCGGUAAAGACUUUAUUAAAAUUUGGAGCCGACGUAACGAUAAAGGAUAAUAAGGGAUUCACACCCCUUCAGCUUGCUGUAGCGCACAAAGCAAAAAUGGCUAUACCAGCGCUUUUAGCUGCAGGUUCCGACCCGAAUACACAAAGCGAUGAUGGAGAAACACCACUUAACAUUGCGAUCAGAAGAAAUUCCGAUUACAUUGUGAAGUUACUACUCAAUGCGCGUGUCACGGUAAACCCUCUAGAAGGCACAAAGUCUCCUCCAGUCCACCUCGCAGCAAGACUCAAGCGGAAGGCCAUCUUAUCACUGUUUAUGAAGGCGAAUCCUAAGUUGAAUCUCCGGGAUGAGCUUGGGAGGACACCCCUUCACCACGCGGCCGAAAAGGAUGAAUACAAAGGGGUUUUCAUGCUCUUGAAUAGACACGCCGAAAUAAUAGACAUUCAGGAUUAUGAAGGGAAUACAGCGCUUCAUUUGGCUCUAAAGAAUGAUUGCCAAACAACAACAGCAAUGUUGGUGCAAAUGGGUGCUGAUUACACUAUACCAAAUCAUGAGGGUGGCGUGAUGGACGAAGCGUUAGUUGAGGUCGCCUUUGAUAAACUCGUGCGUUUCCGCGGAAUACCUGGAAUGAAAACGAUGUAUUAUGGCCCAUUUCCGAAACCGAGACCGGUUAAGCAGAUCAAAACAGCUAUAAUGGGCGUGGGAGAAGAUUGGGCCGAUAAGAUGGCCGAAGAAAAAGAAGCGGCAAGACUCAGAAAGAGGGAGCUCAGGGAGCUCCGGUUGGAAAAGCACAAGGAGAUCAAGGACAAGUGGAAAUCGCCUUUUGUAUUUGGGCAAGAGAAUUCACCUAGUGAAUAA